AAGAAAAUCACAACUAAACUGAUUGACAUUAACACAAGAUGAGUCAAAAGGGAGAAAAUGUGUAUCCGUGCUUUGAGUGCCAGAAGAUAUUUACUUCAAAUUACAAUCUCAAUGUUCAUCUGAGGAUUCACACUGGAGAGAGGCCAUAUAAAUGUUCAGAAUGUGACAAGUCGUUCUUAAAAAGUGAUCAUCUUGCUAAACACCUGAGAAUUCACACAGGAGAGAAACCGUUUAAUUGUUCAGAAUGUGGCAAGUGCUUCUCACAUCGUUCUUAUCUUACUCAACACAAGAAGAUUCACACAGGAGAGAAACCAUUUAAAUGUUCAGAAUGUGGCAAGUGCUUCUCACAUAGUUCUGCUCUUACUAAACACCAGAAGAUUCACACAGGUGAGAAACCGUUUAAAUGUUCAGAAUGUGGCAAGUGCUUCUCAGAAAAUAUUCAUCUCACUGGACACCAGAGGAUUCACACAGGAGAGAAACCGUUUAAAUGUUCAGAAUGUGGCAAGUGCUUCUCACAAAAUAUUCAUCUCACUGGACACCAGAGGAUUCACACAGGAGAGAAACUGUUUAAAUGUUCAGAAUGUGGCAAGUGCUUCUCACAACGUUCUUAUCUUACUCAACACAAGAACAUUCACACAGGAGAGAAACCAUUUAAAUGUUCAGAAUGUGGCAAGUGCUUCUCGCAAAAUAGUAAUCUCACUGUACAUCAGAGGAUUCACACAGGAGAGAAACUGUUUAAAUGUUCAGAAUGUGGCAAGUGCUUCUCACAACGUUCUUUUCUUACUCAACACAAGAACAUUCACACAGGAGAGAAACCAUUUAAAUGUUCAGAAUGUGGCAAGUGCUUCUCGCAAAAUAGUCAUCUCACUGAACACCAGAAGAUUCACACAGGAGAGAAACUGUUUAAAUGUUCAGAAUGUGGCAAGUGCUUCUCAAAUCAUUCUGAUCUUACUAAACACCAGAGGAUUCACACAGGAGAGAAACCAUUUAAAUGUUCAGAAUGUGGCAAGUGCUUCUCAGAAAAUGGUAAUCUUACUCAACACCAGAAGACUCACACAGGAGAGAAACCAUUUAAAUGUUCAGAGUGUGGCAAGUGCUUCUCACAAAAUAGUCAUCUCACUGAACACCAGAAGAUUCACACACGAGAGAAACCAUUUAAAUGUUUGGAAUGUUACAAGUGCUUCUCACAAAGUUCAAGUCUUACCAUACAUCAGAGAAUUCACACAGGUGAAAAAACAUUUAAAUGUUCAGAAUGUGACAUGUGCUUCUUUUUGAAACAAAACCUUGUUACACACCAGAGAAUUCACACAGGAGAAAAAAAGUAUCCGUGCUCUGAGUGCCAGAAGAUAUUUACUUUGAAGUCCAAACUCAAUGGUCAUCUGAGGAUUCACACUGGAGAGAGGCCAUAUAAAUGUUCAGAAUGUGACAAGUCCUUCUUACAAAGUCAUCAUCUUGCUAAACACCUGAGAAUUCACACAGGAGAGAAACCGUUUUAUUGUUCAGAAUGUGGCAAGUGCUUCUCAGAUCGUUCUGAUCUUACUAAACACCAGAAGAUUCACACAGGAGAGAAACCAUUUAAGUGUUCAGAAUGUGGCAAGUGCUUCUCAUAUCAUUCUGAGCUUACUAAACACCAGAAGAUUCACACAGGGGAGAAACCAUUUAAAUGUUCAGAAUGUGGAAAGUGCUUCUCACAAAAUAGUAAUCUCACUGAACACCAGAGGAUUCACACAGGAGAGAAACCAUUUAAAUGUUCAGAAUGUGGAAAGUGCUUCUCACAAAGUUCUAGUCUUGCUCAACACCAGAGAAUUCACACAGGAGAAAAACCAUUUCAAUGUUCAGAAUGUGAAAUGUGCUUCUCUAAAGGUUCUAAACUUAGUAUACAUCAGAGAAUUCACACAGGAGAAAGACCCUUUAAAUGUUCAGAAUGUGACAUGUGCUUCUCUAAAGGUUCUACGCUUAAUAUACAUAAGAGAAUUCACACAGGAGAAAGACCAUUUCAAUGUUCAGAAUGUGACAUGUGCUUCUCUUAUAGGACAAGUUUAAGAGUACACCUGAGAAUUCACACAGGAGAGAAACCGUUUAAUUGUUCAGAAUGUGGCAAGUGCUUCUCAAUUAAUAGUAAUCUCACUGAACACCAGAAGAUUCACACAGGAGAGAAACCAUUUAAAUGUUCAGAAUGUGGCGAGUGCUUCUUACAUCGUUCUGCUCUUACUAAACAUCAGAAGACUCACACAGGGGUGAAACCAUUUAAAUGUUCAGAAUGUGGCAAGUGCUUUGCACAAAAUAGUAAUCUCACUGAACACCAGAGGAUUCACACAGGAGAGAAACCAUUUAAAUGUUCAGAAUGUGGCAAGUGCUUCUCACAAAGUUCUAGUCUUACCAUACAUCAGAGAAUUCAUACAGGAGAAAAAACAUUUCAAUGUUCAGAAUGUGAAAUGUGCUUCUCUAAAGGUUCUAAACUUAGAAUACAUCGGAGAAUUCACACAGGAGAAAGACCAUUCAAAUGUUUAGAAUGUGAAAUGUGCUUCUCUUGUAAGACAAGUCUUGUUACACACCAGAGAAUUCACACAGGAGAAAAACCAUUUCAUUGUUCAGAAUGUGACAUGUGCUUCUCCUAUAAGAAAAGUCUUGUUACACACCAGAGAAAUCACACUGGAGUAAAAAACAUUUAAAUGUUCAGAAUGUGGCAAGUGCUUUUCACAAAAUUCU